CUUUGCACGUGCGCAGGGCUCGGGAAUGACGCACGCUCGCGGGCUGCGUAGUCGUCGGACCUCUGGUACCGCGUCCAGGAGACCCCCCCGCCCCUCGCCGCACACGCCCCGGCCCCGAGCGGGUUAACGCGCCGCCCCCGCCGCGCCGGCUCCUCCCCGCAGGGGCAGUGCCCGGGUUUAACUGACGCCCUCACUCGACCUGGCGGCAGGCCCCUGGGCGGACUGCAGGUCCCUGGCGGCUGGACCGACCCCGCGCUCCCGCGGAUGCGCACGGCGCUUCCUGAGCAGCUCCCGCGCAGCUGCCGGGCCGUCGGGUCGCCCGUAGAACUCCAAGGCUCACGCCCAACUCAGGUCGCCCAGAUGCGGGCUCCACUUUGCUGGCUGCUGCUCGUCGCCCAUGCCGUGGACAUGCUGGCCCAGACCCUAAGGAAGAAGCAAGUGGACACUGGCCUCGGGGGCAACUGCACGGGCUGCAUCGCCUGCUCCGAGGUGAACGGCUGCUCCAGCUGCCAGCACAGGCUCUUCCUGUUCAUCAGCCGGGAGGGAAUGCGCCAGUACGGCAAGUGCCUGCACGACUGCCCGCCCGGCUUCUUCGGCGUCCGCGGCCAGGACUUGAACCAGUGCAGAAAAUGUCGAAACACGUGCGAGAGAUGCUUUAGCCGAGACUUCUGCAUCCGGUGCAAAAAGAAUUUUUACCUGCACAAGGGGAAGUGCCUGUCCACCUGCCCGCCUGGCACCCUGACCCAGCAGAGCUCACGGGAGUGCAAGGAGGAGUGUGAACAUGGGUCGUGGGGCAGCUGGAGCCGCUGCACACACAAGGGGAAGACCUGCGGCUCAGCCUGGGGCCUGAAGUCGCGGGUACGAGAGGCCGGCCGGGAUGGGCGGGCGGCACCCAGCUGCAAGGUGCUGUCCGAAUGGAAGAAAUGUUCCAUGCAGACGUCCUGUCCCCCAGGGAGAAUUCACCGCCCGAAGAAUGGCCGCAAAAGGAUGCGCCUGCGCCUGGCCCGGAAGUGAGGGCCGGACUAGAAGUCGGGCCGCCGGCCAGAGCCGACAGAGCGGCCAACAGAGGCCCCGAAGCCGCCAUGACCGAGCGCUCCACCACCUCCUCUCCCGCCCACCCGUCCCGUCCUGUCUACCCUGUCCAUCUUCCUCCUGUGUUCCCCGUAUUUCUUCCAUCUCUGUUUUCCACUCCCCCCUCCUCUGCCCCUCGCUUUUCCUUCCAUCCUGUUCUUCACUGUGUUCUCCGGCCCCACCCCCCACACCCUUUAAGAGAGAUUGUGAGGGGCCGGUGCUGUGGCGCAGCGGGUAAAGCCGGCGCCACAGGCAUAUGGGCUCCGGUUCGAGUCCCAGAUGCUCCUCUUCCGAUCCAGCUCUCUGCUCUGGCCUGGGAAAGUAGUGGAAGAUGGCCCGAGUCCUUGGGCCCCUGCACCCACGAGGGAGACCUCAGGAAGAAGCUCCUGGCUGCUGGCUUCGGAUUGGCUCAGCUCCGGCCGUUGCGGCCAUCUGGGGAGUGAACCAGUGGAUGGAAGAUUUCUCUCUGAUCUCUACCUCUGUAUGUAACUCUGUCUUUCAAAUAAAUAAAAUAAAUCAUAAA